GAGGCGGAGGGCGCCCCUUUCUUUCUUUUUUUUUUUUGCCCACCCCGGGGCGGAGAGAGGAUCCCGGGCAAGCUGCUGGCGGACGCGGAAGAGGACUUAGGGAGGGGAUCCUGCAACUCCUUUUUUUUUUCUCUUUUUUCUCGCCUCCUCUCCCCCUCCCCCAAAGUUUUUUGGGGGGGAGCAAGAUAAAAAAAGGGGGGCCCGGGGAGGCGUUAAUUUUCUGGCACGCAACGAUCUGGCUUCCCUCCGAAGUUUUCUGCCUCCUCCUCCUCUUCCUCCUCCGUCCGGGAAGACGGAUCGGAAUCGAAAGCUUUUUUUUUAAUUCUUCUUCUUCUUCUUCUUCUUCUUCUUCUUCUUCUUCUUCUUCUUCUUCUUCUUCUUCUUCUUCUUCUUCUUCUUCUUCUUCUUCUUCUUCUUCUUCUUCCUUCUUUCUUCUUCUUUCUUCUUCUUCUUCUCCUUCUCCUUCUCCUUCUCCUUCUCCUUCUCCUUCUUUCUUCUUUCUUCUUCUUUCUUCUUCUCCUUCUCCUUCUCCUUCUUCCUUCUUUCUUCUUUCUUCUUCUUUCUUCUCCUUCUCCUUCUCCUUCUUCCUUCUUCCUUCUUUCUUCUUUCUUCUUCUUCUUUCUUCUUCUUCUUCUUCUUCUCCUUCUCCUUCUCCUUCUUCCUUCUUUCUUCUUCUUCUUUCUUCUUCUUCUCCUUCUCCUUCUCCUUCUUUCUUCUUUCUUCUUCUUUCUUCUUCUCCUUCUCCUUCUCCUUCUUCCUUCUUCCUUCUUUCUUCUUUCUUCUUCUUCUUUUUUGUUGGGCUAACUCAGCUGUCCUUCCCCCCUCCCCCGCCAAGCGCCCAGCUGCGUCUCUGGAGCCACCCGUGGAGCCCUGCGAGGUAGGCUGGGCUGGGAAAGGCACGUGGCUGCCCCAACUCGAGGAAGCCGGGCCGAGGCUGAGCCCGUUUUUUGUUUUUUUUUUUGCCUUGGUUUUUACGCCCGUGCAGGCCAUAAAUGUGAGGAUUGGUCGCAAGGUUUCUUUUCCAUCGGAAUCUCUGAAGGAGGGCUGUUUGGAUACAGUGGGAGCCAGCCUAUUUUUCCUCGGCAGGAAGGACCUCCUGGUCAACCCAGAGAAGGGCUGACCAUGCCACCUUCCAAAGAUGUGGUCAAAAUCGCCGUGCAGAUGAUGGGAGCGAUUCCCCAGCUCAUAGAACUAAAUCAGGCUAAGCCUUUGUCAGCAGUUGUGAAAGAAGUCUGUGAAGUGUGGAACCUGAAUAAUUCUGAGCGCUAUGCGUUGCAGUACGUGGAUGGCCAGCAAGCCUACAUCACAGAACUGAACCGUGGAGAAAUUAAGAAUGGGAGUAUCCUGCAGUUGACAACUGCUCCGGAUCAAGAGGCAGCGAAGCUGCAUGGGGGUAUUCAAAGCAACAGUGUGGACGUGAAGACUAAUUCUUUGAAGAAGUUGGCAAGCCUGUCCCGGGAUGUGGCCUUCGCUCAGGAGUUUAUUAGCAGAAAUGGCCUGAAUCAGCUCUUCAUGAUUGUGGAAGAAGAUAAUAAUACAGGGGAGAUUCUGGCGUAUACCCUGAAGGCCUUUGUGGAGCUGAUGGAACAUGAUUUUGUUUCCUGGGAGACUCUCAGCCCUACUUUCAUCAAAAAGAUUGUGAGUUACAUCAAUAUCAGUCCCCUGGAUGCUUCCAUCCAGCAGAUUUCCCUGGCCAUCUUGGAGAACAUGGUGCCCACCAGUCGGGCUCUUUUUGAGCUGGUCAAGCAACAGGUGACUCUGGAUCGCCUCAUUGCCCUCCUGCAAGUAAUGAACACGCAGCUGCAACUCAAAGCUAUGGCGCUUCUGAUUGCUCUCCUCCUCAAUGCCAGCGAGGCAGAAAGAAGGGAGAUGAUGGACUAUCUAGGGGAGAAGAAUCUCCGGCAGUUUAUCCACAAGAACAUUGUCCAUGCUUCAGACCCAAUUGCGGAUGAGAUGGCUCACUACCUCUACGUCCUGCAGUCCCUCACACUCAACCUUCUGGAGCGGCGGAUGAGGGCCCCCAUGGAUCCCUAUUCCCAGGAACAACGGGACCUGCUCCAGUCUUUGCGCCAUGCUGCCUUUGUGUCUGAGAACGAGUCUUCUGCUGGCAGCUAUAACACCGAGCGUCGACACUCACUUUGUGCUAAAGAAUUCCGCAAGCUGGGCUUUGUGAAUAACAGUAACCCUGCAUUGGAUCUGCACCGGACUCCUCCAGGGUUGCUUGCUCUGGACAGCAUGGUCUAUUUCUCCAGGCAUUUCCCAAAUGCAUACAGUAGGUUUAUUCUUGAGAACAGCAGUCGAGAAGAUAAACACGAAUGCCCGUUUGCUCGGAGCAGCAUCCAACUUUCCUUUAUGCUGUGUGAGAUUCUUCACGUAGGGGAGACAUGCUCAGAGACAGCCCAGGCCUUCUACCUUAUGUUCUUUGGCCAAGAACACUUCUUUGAGGAGAUUUUCUGUAUUUGCAUCCAGCUGUUGAACAAAACCUGGAAGGAGAUGCGAGCUACUCAAGAAGAUUUUGACAAGGUGAUGCAAGUGGUUCGGGAGCAGAUCACCCGAACCCUGGCCAUGAAGCCCACUUCGCUGGAGCUCUUCAAGAGCCGAGUGAAUACCAUCAACUACAGUGAGAUCCUGCGUCUCCGGCAGACAGAACGCAUGCAUCAAGAGGAAAUUCUGCCUGUCCCUGUCCUGGAAUUGAAGGAGCGUCUGAAACCCGAACUCAUCAAGUUGAUCCAGCAGCAGAGACUCCUACAUCUUUGUGAAGGGACGCUUUUUCGCAAAAUUAGUAGCCGCCGUCGACAAGAUAAACUCUGGUACUGCCGCCUUUCCCCCAACCAUAAAUUUCUCCAUUAUGGAGAUGUCGAAGAAGGGGUCGAAAACCCACCAAUAGAGAGCCUGCAGGAGAAAGUUUCUGUGGCUGACAUGAAAGCGUUGCUGGUGGGCCGGGAAUGCCCCCACACCAAGGAAAAGAGUUCGGGCAAGCAGAAUAAGGAUCUUCUUGACCUUGCAUUUUCCAUAAGUUACGACGUUGGAGAGCAUCUGAAUUUCAUUGCCGCUACACGAUACGAGUUCUGUUUGUGGACGGAUGGGUUGAACGUGCUUCUCGGCCGGGAGAUGGUCAGCGAAAGGAUGCAAAGCGAGCUGGAUAUCUUGCUGUCUAUGGAGCUCAAAUUGCGAUUGCUGGAUCUGGAGAACAUUACCAUUCCGGAUACCCCACCCGACAUCCCAAAGCCUCCCAGCAACUUAAAUUUCUGCUAUGACUUUACCCAUAUCGAACAGUAAGAGCUGUCCUUAGCACACAGUGCCCUCCCCCUCCCCACAAGCAGGAUCCACACACUGCUCUACAAAUUCACGGGCUUGGAUCACCCGGAAAGCUGGAUCGGGAAACGUGGGCACGGAAUUUCCCUGCUUUCAUCCCACGUUCUGAUUGCUUCCUCUACUUUCACCCAAGUAGCAUUUACUGUGACAUCAAAGCCGGGGCAAACCACAGGUAAACCAAUCCUGUUCAAACUGCACCUUGUCAAAGCAUGGUUUGAAGACGAGCGGUGACCACAGAUUGCCUAAUUCAGACAUCGCAGCAAAUGAAGCGAGGCCAAGAGGAAGGAGUCGGGCAGCUUGUGGUUUGUUCACAGCCUUCCCAACUGAGCCUUGGUGGGGUGUGUGUGUUUUUUUUAAAAAAAAAAAUCCUAGAAAAUCAGUUCUUUUAGUUAACGCUUCCGGAUGCAUGAUUUUAUGUGGGCUUCCUUUCAACCGAGGUGCCGUCAAAAUCCGGAAUGGGAAUAGCUUUGCCCAAGAGAGAGAUAAGCUGCCAAAGAGGCCUUAAGAAUAGAAAUGGAGCACUGUGAAAAGGGGAACAGAGAACUGAACAGCUACCCACUCACUCACCACGAUAUUUGUCUCUAUUGAGCUAGCAUCUGUAACUGGUGUUUGAAAGUUAGUUGUAAGAAAACAGACGCACAUGUACACCAAAAACAAAACAAAACAAAAACUCACAAGGGAAUUUGCCUGCCACCUAGGUUGGCUUGUACUCUGGAGAGACCCCCAUUCCGCAAUCUUUAGCAUUAUCCUACUGUAAAGGGUAGGGGACGCGGUGGCUCAGUGGCUAAGACGUUGAGCUUGUCGAUCGAAAGGUUGGCCGUUCAGCGGUUCGAAUCCCUAGUGCUGCAUAACAGAGUGAGCUCCCGUUACUUGUCCCAGCUUCUGCCAACCUAGCAGUUCGAAAGCAGGUAAAAAAUGAAAGUAGAAAAAUAGGGACCACCUUCGGUGGGAAGGUAACAGCGUUCUGUGCGCCUUUGGCGUUUAGUCAUGCCAGCCACAUGGCCACGGAGACAUCUUCGGACAGUGCUAACUCUUCGGCUUUCAAACGCAGAUGAGCACCGCCCCCUAGAGUCGGGAACAACUAGCACAUAUGUGCGAGGGGAACCUUUACCUUUACUGUAAAGGGUAGCCACAUAGACUACCAUUUGCCCAACAACACUUCCGACACUAUUCAUGCCACAACCUGCCUUAGCUUUUUGCACAUUGUAUAAGCUUAGAAUUCCAGUUGCUGCCUGUGUGGAAGCUGGGAGAAUGGGCUGGUGGCUGUUAAGAGGCAGAAAGUCAUAUUAUAAAUCAAGCUGAACCUUGAUCUCAAUUCCAGUGAGAACAAGACGGCCAUUCGCUUCAGCAGCCUGAAAGAAGAAUGAGCUUUAAGUUGGUUUCAGGUUCACAAAUGGGUAUCUGAAUUCUCUCUGUUACCUGUUUUUUUUUUUCCCCCCCAAAGGUUGGUUUGGAGUUACACUUCCCCGGGAAUUACACACAGGGGAAUUGGAGAUGUGUAGGGAUGGUGGUGGAUUUCCUCAGUUUUCUUUUAAGAACUGGUGUCCUCCCUCAGGCAACUGGUCUCUUCUCCACCCCCUCCUAAGCUUGUGUGGUUUCAAUGCUGUCGAAUGCUUUCUCUGCCUUUUGGUACGUUUCGCACUUUACACUUUGCCCCUCUCGCUGUAUAAGGAUAGGAAGCAAUUCAGUCGUGGCUCCAAUCUUCCCAAGCCAAGGGAGCAGUUCUGUUCAAACCAGGAGCACAAUUAGCUUUAAGGGAUGCAUUUAAUUUUUUUUUUUUUUUUACUCGUGAUAAAUUUGCAAGUACGAUGUACGGUACGGGGGAAGAGAUUUCUGACUACCCCUCUUUAAGAACUUCUUUUUAGGGUACAGUAUAUAUUCCUUGGUACUUAACAGUCAGUACUGUAGCUUUUGAACGAUAGUAUCAGCGGUCUCGAUUCUCCCCCAACAGUAGUUGGGAUUCUGGAUAUGCCAUGAAACAUGCAAUUUUUUUUUUUUAAAAAAUUGCUUUUCCUUAUUCCAUUGGCCACCUUGUUCUAUGCCUAAGCUAGGUAGAGAAUCUUUUUGGGGAUCUUAAAAGGGAAGAGUGGGGGAUGAGAGUUCGCUUUGCAUCACACAAGGCAUUAAACCUGACCAGGGUUGGGCAACUAUGCAACUUUAUGACCUGUGGACGUCAACUCCCAGAAUUCCAGAGACAGCUGAAGUUAGAAUUAGAAUAACAGAAUUGGAAGGGACCUUGGAGGUCUUCUAGUCCAACCUCCUGCUUAGGCAGGAAACCCUAUACCAGUUCAGACAAAUGGUUAUCCAAUCUUUUCUUAAAAACUUCCAGUGUUGGAGCGUUCACAACUUCUGGAGGCAAGUUGUUCCACUGAUUAAUUGUUCUAACUGUCAGGAAAUUUCUCCUUAGUUCUAAAUUGCUUCUCUCCUUGAUUAGUUUCCAUCCGUUGCUUCUUGUCCUGCCCUCAGGUGCUUUGGAGAAUACCGUGUUUCCCCAAAAAUAAGACCCUGUCUUAUAUUUCUUUGAACCCUGAAAUAAGCGCUUGACCUUAUUGCCAUGCGCUCAAAAGCCCGAUUGGGUUUAUUAUCAGGGGAUGUCUUAUUUUGGGGGAAAUAGGGUAGCUUGACUCCCUCUUCUUUUCUGGCAACCCCUGAGAUAUUGGAACACUGCUAUCAUGUCAAGUUGAAGUUGGAAGUCCAAGUUGGAGGUUGUAAGGUUGCUUUAGCUGCCCACCUCUGAGCAAGGCAGCCUGUGAAGCUCAGCUGAAUCUAAGAUUUCCUUGAUGGACCAAGGAUUGGCGCUGUUCCCCCUUUAACGGACCAAGGACAAAGGCUCUUUGGCAUCACUCUGUAAAUGAUGGGAUUGUGAUUAAGGGAAAGGCUCUUUUUUGAUAGUUCUUUUGUUUGUCUCUCUCUUAACCUAUUUUGAUAGGAAAUGUGGCGGUUCUUUACUUCUUUUAUGUACAUUUGAUGUAUGUGUCACAGAUUUUUUUUUUUUCCUCACCCCACAACAGAUGUGGAAUUCAUUGCACUGGAUCAGAAAUUUUCAGGGUUUUUUUCUCCUUGCAGCUCUUUGUGUAUGAUUUAAGUCUUGCACCGUGAAAACUCUUCAUAGGUUUAAGAACGAACUUCGUCUGCUUCAAUGCAGGUAGCCCUUGACUUAAGACCACAAUUAAGCCCAAAACAUCUGAUUGCUAAGUGAAACAUUUAAGUGAACUUUACCCCUUUAUGACCAUUCUUGCCACAGCCGUUAAGUGGAUCUUAGGAGUUGCUAAAUUAGUUAACGUGGGGGUUAAAUCAAUCUUGACCGUCCCGUUCACUUUGCUUGUUAGAAAGCCACAAAAGGGGAAUCGAGUGACCCAGGGACAUCGCAGUCGCCAUAAAGACAUUUGCCAGGCAUCCAAAUUUUGAUCACAUGACCAUUGCAAUGGUCGUUAAGUGUGAAAAAACGGUCAUCAGUCACCUUUUUCAGUGCCGUUUUAACUUUGAAUGAUCAAUAAAUGAACUGCUAUCAAGUCAAGGAUGACCUAUAAACUGCCGAAAAGGGAUUCCUGGGCAUUCCCCCAUUUUCUUCCUGCUCAGAUGAUUGUACUGUAACAAAUUCACUGUGGUACUACCUUGGGCAUAGAAACCUUUAAUCAUUAAAAAAAAAAAAGAGAAAGAACUA